AUGCCCGACAUCUGGAAAAUAACACAUCUCGUCGGACCCACCAAACAAGAUACGACACUCGAAUAUACAAACUGCACGGAGCUGAAAGAGCUUUACCAAGAUCUCUUCCCGAAAAUCGUUAAUGAAGAUGAGGAGAAAGGCAAGGGUGACGACCGUUGUGUUCUCAUCCCCGUUAAUGAUGUGAAUAAGUACAAAUAUAUGUACGGGAAGCCCGGGGACCUUAGGGAAUUUCCUGGUUUGAUAUGCCCUAAAGACGCAUGGAUAACUCCUAGAUUGCUUUCGGAGAUGGUGAAAGUACACGAGGACUGGCUAGGCGAAGACGACUCGGAAGACGAAAUAUUGGAAGCGAACGGAAAGGGUCAAGAAAUAGGAGAGGAGGAGGAGAGACAGAGAGAUUACGUUCAUUGUACCUAA